AUGUAUAAUAGAGAAUACGAUAGCAUACAGGGUGACCAUGUAGGAAUCAAUUUCAAUGAUAUGACAUCUGUAACGUCCAAACCUUCUGGGUACCAUACAGAUAAAAAUGGUAGCUAUCGCAACCUUAGCCUUGUAAGUGAAGAUCCUAUUCACGUUUGGAUAGAAUAUGAUGGAGUGAGUAAGAACCUCAGCGUAACCUUAUCUCCAGUUACCAUGCCUAAACCUGAAACUCCACUAUUGUCUUAUAACCAUGAUCUUUCAGAUAUAUUACUAGAUUCGAUGUAUGUUGGCUUUUCAGCAUCCACAAAUCUUGAACAAACAUCUCACUACAUAUCAGGAUGGAGUUUUAUGAUUAAUAAUGGAACAGCCCUGCCCAUUAAUCUCUCUCAACUUCCUGAGGUUCAAGCAGAAGAACAAAAGAGCAAAAGAGCAAAGUUCCUCGGAGUCGAGUUACGGAUAAUCAUCCCAGUACUUGUUUUAUCAUUGACCAUUGGUAUCUUGGUCGUCAUAAGAUUAUUCAGAAAUCGUAAGCUCGGAGAUGUUGUUGAAGAUUGGGAACUAAAUUAUGAGAGGUUGAGAUUCUCAUAUAAAGAUCUAAACAUUGCUACAAAUGGAUUCAAUGAGAAAGAACUUCUUGGGAUCGGCGGAUUUGGUAAGGUCUACAAAGGUGUACUACCGGCUUCAAAAGUCAAAGUUGCCGUCAAGAGAAUCUCUCAUGAUUCAAAACAAGGAGCACAGAAAUUCAUAUGGAGAUCAUUAGCAUCGGUCACCUUCGGCACCGGAACUUGGCGCACCUCUUGGGUUAUUGUAGGCGGGACGGAGAGCUACUGUUGGUGUAUGAUUACAUGCCUAUUGGAAGUCUAG